UUUUAAGGCUCCAAAGCGAAAAAUUUAACCGCCAAAGCGUAGGUUUCCCCCCAAGAUUUUAAAAAUAUUUAAAAACUCCCACCAAACUUUUUAAUUUUAAAACGCUAAUCCCAUUCAAUUCAACCAGAUUUCGUUUCUUUCGUCCUUUUUUUUUUUUUUGCAUUCUCUCGUCGUCGUCUCAAGAUCUAGAAGAAGGAAACAGCAAUUUGAAGCGACAUGGCAGGCAAAGGAGGAAAAGGACUCGUAGCUGCGAAGACGAUGGCUGCCAACAAGGACAAAGACAAGGACAAGAAGAAACCCAUCUCUCGCUCUGCUCGUGCUGGUAUUCAGUUUCCUGUGGGUCGUAUUCACAGGCAACUCAAGACCAGAGUUUCCGCACACGGCAGAGUUGGUGCUACUGCUGCUGUUUACACGGCAUCGAUCCUGGAGUACCUAACUGCUGAAGUUCUUGAGUUGGCUGGAAAUGCUAGCAAGGAUCUGAAGGUGAAGAGGAUAACUCCGAGGCAUCUGCAGUUAGCUAUCAGAGGAGAUGAGGAGCUUGACACACUCAUCAAGGGAACGAUUGCUGGAGGAGGUGUGAUUCCUCACAUCCACAAGUCUCUGAUCAACAAAACCACCAAGGAGUGAUAUGAUGUGUUUCUUUAGUGAUAUGAUGUGUUUCUUUAGUCUUGGACUCAUUUUCCUUUUCCCUUUUCUUAGUUCUUUGACUAGUGUUGACCUUUUCUGGACAUCCUCCGGUGUACAUUAGUUAAUUUGAACUCUUUAGGUUUCUUUUGUUCAAGCAAAUGUUCUCUUUGAAUGCUAUUGUGAUUUGCUUAUUAUGUUUAAAGUGAACUGUUUUCUGUGUUUAA